CCUCCCUCCCUCCCUCCCUUUUGACUCCUCCCACCUGCAAAACCGCGGCGGGCCGCAUCCCGCCCGCGCCGCCCACCGGCGGCAGCCAGCCACCGCCCCCGCCGUCUACAUAAACAAGCAAACCACCACUCGCGAGCCCAAUCAGCCCCCCACCAAUGGCGUCCUCCCUCCUCUCCACCCCGUCCCAAACCCUAGCGGCCCCCGCCGGGCUGCGCGGGCGGGCGCGGCCGGCGCAGGUGCACCUCCCGCGCGGGGUCCUCGCCCCCCGCCGCAGCCGCGCGCUCCGCGUGCGCGCGUCGGUGGCGAUCGAGAAGGAGACGCCCGAGAGCGAGCCGCCCCCGACGUUCCUGCGCGAGGACGGGCGCGGGGCGGGGUCCGGGUCCGUGCGGGAGCGGUUCGAGUCCAUGAUCCGGAGGGUGCAGGGGGAGGUCUGCGCGGCGCUCGAGGAGGCCGACGGCAGCGGCGCCAAGUUCGUCGAGGACGUGUGGUCGCGCCCCGGGGGCGGGGGCGGCAUCAGCCGGGUGCUCCAGGACGGCCGCGUCUUCGAGAAGGCCGGGGUCAACGUCUCCGUCGUGUACGGGGUCAUGCCGCCCGACGCGUACCGCGCGGCCAAGGGGGAGGCCGGGAAGAACGGGGCCGCCGCAGCGGAUGGGCAGAAGGCUGGGCCCGUGCCAUUCUUCGCCGCGGGGAUUAGCUCGGUGCUCCAUCCCAAGAAUCCAUUUGCUCCGACAUUGCAUUUUAACUACCGUUAUUUUGAGACAGAUGCACCAAAAGAUGUUCCUGGUGCACCAAGACAAUGGUGGUUUGGUGGUGGUACUGACUUGACUCCCUCAUACGUCAUUGAAGAGGACGUGAAGCAUUUCCAUUCUGUUCAAAAACAAGCAUGCGAUAAAUUUGAUCCAAGUUUUCACCCAAGAUUCAAAAAAUGGUGUGAUGAUUAUUUCUAUAUUAAGCAUCGUAAUGAGAGACGUGGGCUUGGUGGAAUAUUUUUUGAUGAUCUUAAUGAUUAUGAUCAAGAAAUGCUUCUCAACUUUGCGACAGAAUGUGCGGACUCUGUACUUCCUGCAUACAUACCAAUCAUAGAGCGGCGGAAGGACACUCCAUUCAACGAGGAGCACAAGGCAUGGCAGCAACUGCGGAGAGGUCGCUAUGUGGAGUUCAACCUUGUCUAUGAUCGUGGUACAACAUUCGGCCUAAAAACUGGAGGAAGGAUUGAGAGCAUACUCGUUUCUCUUCCACUUACAGCACGAUGGCAGUAUGAUCAUAAACCGGAAGAAGGGACUGAAGAAUGGAAACUUCUCGAUGCAUGCAUAAACCCAAAGGAUUGGAUCUGAUUAGCCGAAGUUUGUUUGUUCUUCAGAUCUUUUGUUAGCUUUACCCUCCCUGUACUUUUUUAGCUUGAGAGUUCCUGUCAAAUGUGUAGUUUCCAUCACGUAUUCUGUAUCUGUAGAAUCGUGAAUAAUAAAUAUGAUGUAGUGCGGUAGCUGUUUGUAUGUGCUGUUUUUCCCCAUGUGAAAGAGAGAAGCACCUUGUUGGCCUUGCCCUUGU